UCUUCUUCUCUCCCUUCUCCCCUCUCUCUCUCUCUCUCUCUCUCUCUCUCUCUCGCGUCUUCUCUUUUAAAGUUCUCAGAGGUCACAAGUGUUUGCAAGUUGCAACGCCGGCACCAUAAUCUUGGAAAUUAGCGACUGAAAGAGUUGAAAGGAAUUACCGCCGGAGAUUUCAAUCAAAUAUGAAAUAUUUAUUUAUUCUCCUUGUCACUUUCAAGAUUAUCAAGAGGAAGUUCACACAGCUACGGGAGGCCAUGGGGUUUCAAACAUCACAUAGCACUAAACGGAUACAGCAGUCAAUUUUCAAAGCAAAGGAGGACUCAAUUGAUGCUCAUGAAAAUUCAUUAAUUCGAAGGACUACACUGAACUUCACUGAUCAUACCCAAACCAAUUCCAUGUUCACUCUCUCUAGCUAUAAUUCAUGGGUGGUAAGGCACCCCUCUGCAUUGAACACGUUUGAUAGGUUGAUGAAAGGCGCCAAUGGGAAGAGGAUCAUUGUUUUUUUGGACUACGAUGGUACCUUAUCACCAAUUGUAAAUGACCCUGAUCGCGCUUUCAUGUCUGAUGAGAUGCGUGCAGCAGUGUAUGAAAUUGCUACUUACUUUCCAACAGCAAUCAUUAGUGGAAGAAGCAGAGAUAAGGUAAAAGAUUUUGUGAAGUUAAAUAAUUUAUAUUAUGCUGGGAGCCAUGGCAUGGACAUAAUGGCACCUUCAAUGCCAGUUACAUCUUCUGACGGCAAGCAUUUUGGCAUUGCCCGUAACACAAAUGGCAUUGAGGUUCCCUUUCAACCUGCGAAGAAGUUUUUGCCUGCAAUUCGAGAGAUAAUAAGAGUACUAAAGAAUGAAGUAAAGGAAAUAAAAGGAGCAAUGAUAGAGGACAACGGAUUCUGCCUCUCUGUACAUUUCCGGCAGGUCCAAGAAAAGGAUUAUGAUGUUUUGGAAGAGAAAGUGAAGUCCGUGCUUGAAAAUAAUCCACAAUUUUGCUUGACAGAGGGUAAAAAGGUUAUGGAAAUAAGGCCAUCUAUAAAGUGGAACAAAGGAAAUGCUGUAGAGUAUUUUCUUGACACAUUAGGAUUAAGCAGUUGCAGUGAUAUCCUUCCUGUGUAUAUUGGCGAUGAUAGAACUGAUGAAGAUGCUUUUAAGGUCAUACAGAGUAGAGAGCAAGGUUAUCCAAUUAUAGUGUCUUCAAUUCCAAGAGAAACUAACGCUUUAUACUCUUUGCGUGACCCAUCUGAAGUACUAAUCUUUUUGUCGCGGUUGGCAAAAUGGAGGAGAACCUCUUACUAAAGCAUGCCUUUAAAUUUUGGUUAAGGCAUCGAUCAUCAUCAGAGGGAGAAUUUUGAAGUGCAUAUAGUUACUUAAUUCCCACGAUGGAUUUGGAGAAGUGGGAUGAAUGUUAAUUUCUUUUUUAGUAGUUGGUUUGUAAAAUAACCACGAUGUAUAUGUAUAUUUCCAGCUUGUAAAAAGGGUUCCAAUAAAGAAUAACUUCUUAUCUUUUGACAUCAAGACAUUCAUGAUAACAUUUCAAAGGCAGUAAAAGCAGAAGUUUAAAUAAA